UUAAGUAUUUUUGCAUAGAAUAGCUUGCGAUGUAGUGCUGUGAUUUUAAAUAGUACAAUUUAGAAAUGUUUUUCAAAAUCGUUGUGUUUUCUAGUUUUAUUUUAUUUAGUGUUCAAAUAAUUUCGGGAUAUGAGUUGAAUAUUUUGCAUUAUAAUGAUUUUCAUGCAAGAUUUGUGGAGACUAACAGAUUAGGAGGUCCUUGCAACCAUACAGCUGAUACCUGCAUCGGUGGUUUUGCUCGCCUCGCCACCGUAGUCCGUCAGCGGUUAGACACUGAACCGCAUUCCCUUCUCCUCAAUGCUGGUGACAGCUUCCAAGGAACUAUUUGGUACAAUAUCUUACGAUGGAACGUCACACAGGACUUUAUGAAUAUGCUGCCUCAUGAUGCUCAUGUGCUGGGAAACCACGAGUUUGACAACGGUAUUGAAGAAGUAGUGCCUUAUUUACAACAUUUGAAUUCAACAGUUGUGACUGCCAACAUAAUUGAUGAUCUAGAGCCGACUAUACAAGGUUUAUACGAGAAGAGUAUAAUUGUCGAGAAGAAUAAUAGGAAGAUUGGUAUUAUUGGAGUUUUAAUAGCUACUACUGAUAUUCUAGCAUCUACGGGGAGACUCAAAUUCACAGACGAGAUAGAAGCAGUAAGAGAAGAAGCUGGGAAACUUAACGCACAAGGCGUAGACAUUAUCGUAGUUUUGUCACAUUGUGGCUUGGAGAUCGAUAGAGAAAUCGCUCUUCACGCUGGGCCACACAUAGACAUCAUAGUUGGAGGACAUAGUCACACAUUGUUGUUCAAUGGAGAUGCUCCUGAAAAUAGUGGAUUCACUCCGUUGGGACCUUACCCCGUAGUCGUGGAACAAGAAAACAGAAAAGUUUUAAUAGUACAAGCAGCAGCGCAUACUCAAUAUUUGGGAGAAAUUAAGUUAACAUUUGAUGAUAAUGGACAUCUCACACAUUGGACUGCACAAGAUGUGUUAGACAAGAUAGAGGAAUACCUUCCACAGAUUGAAGAGAAAGCUUCAGAAGAAAUUGGUUCAUCUCUGGUAAAAUUAUCAGCUGACUGCGCCUGUUCAGAGUGCAAUCUUGGAAACUUCAUGUGUGAUGCUUUUCUGCAUGCAGCACUACCUCGAGCUGGCCCCAACCAGUGGAAUUAUGCACACUUCUGUGUCAACAACAGAGGGGUUAUUAGAGCAGCUAUUGAUAGUGGAGUGAUAACUUACGAAGGAUUAAUAGUGGCCAGUCCAUUCGAGAACAACGUGGAAGUAUUUGAUUUAAAAGGCGAACAUAUUAUGGAAAUGUUGGAGUUUUCUGUGGAAAAUGAACAGUGGCCUGGUGGACGGCUGUUACAGGUUGCAGGGUUGCGCGUCACAUUUAAUGGUUCACGGCCAGUAAACUCACGAGUGGUUGAUGUGCAAGUGAGGUGUAUCGAGUGUGACGUCCCUAGGUACGAACCUCUGAGGCUCGACAAAUACUACAAGGUGGCCUCACAGUCUUUUAUUGCAAAUGGCGGAGAUGGUUAUAGUAUGAUCAGUGAAAACCGUAAAAAUAUAGAGGUUCUUGGUGUUGACUACGAUAUCCUGUCUUCUUAUAUAGAACACCAGUCACCCGUCUUUGCUCAAACUGAAGGUCGGGUAACUUAUAACAAUUUCUGCCAACAACAGUUAUAAGAUAUAUGUAUACAUUUUGUCACAAUAGAUGCCUUUACAAAAUAUCUCAUUUUCUUAAAUAAAUUUUAUAUGAAAACUAAGUACCUAA